CUGGCCCUCAUCCUGGGUUGGUGGCUGGUGGCAGCGAGCAGGGCACAGCAACUGCCCCGACCCUCCCUGUCGCUGCACCCCAGCCAGGGGGUGUCCCUGGGGGACAAUAUCACCCUGUGCUGCCACCUGCCCCGCGUGCGAGCCUGGGUCCAGCUCUGGUUGAAUGGAACUCUGAGAUCCGACAAGGAAAAAGACAAGGAGCAGGAUACAGCUGAGUUCUCCUUUGCUGUCACAAAGCUGGAAGAUGCGGGGACGUAUCAGUGUCGGUACCAGGUGUCAGAGCCAC